AUGUCAAGCAAGCCCAUCGCAGCAAGCUCCCCUGCUGCUGCUGCAGCGCUACCCUCUGCCCAUCGCUCGGAAGAGGACCGGCGGAUCAACAUUAGAUUUAUUGUCAGACCCUCUGAGGUGUUGAAAUCCCCGGCUAUGAACUGGCUGAAGAAGGCGGCUGACAACAAGCAAUCUUUCAUGAACCUUGACCCAACUACUGCACACACGCUUGCGAGAGCUACACACAAUACUCUCGCAGCAGAAAAGGAGACUGUCCGAUUGAAGAUUGAGGAACAUACUAUCUUCCUCCACACCCUGCAAGACGAUUUUGAGGACCUCGAGGCUCGGGUGCAUGAUGCUGCCAUCCAAGUCUCGUCAGUUGUAUCAACAUGUUCAGAAAAGGGCAUCCCACACGACACUCAUUUUGCUGUGACACCGCCUACAUCACCACCUAGCUCAUCUUCACCACCAUGCCUCUUCAAAUCCCCUGGGUCGUCGGACAGUGACGAAUGGGGAUCAUAUUCGGAAACAUCAAUUGUGAAUGGACAUGCUGCGACUGGAGUAGGCGUCGUUAACCGUGUAUUAGCAAGUGAACACCGUCAAGCAUCUGAGGAUAGUCAGGAUGCAAACCUCGUCGUCAACACGCUCUCCGGGGCACACCUUAUGCCUUCUUACAUUGAUUUCGAUUAUGGACUUGAAGACACCUUCGUGGACACUGCCUGGACGACCGCACCGUGGCUCGAAGCCGACUACUUGGCAUUGCCUGAUUUUCCUGUCCAGGUACCCAUCACCGGCAGCAGAAGCGUCCAGUCUACCUCCCAAAUCGUUGGCGCUGAGCCAACCUUCUCUCUUGUCAACCCUGCCUUCAUUGGCCCCGGCAUCGAGCAUGCCUCAUCUCACGUCGACCCCGCCUUCAUUGGCCCUGGCAUCGAGCAUGCCUCAUCUGGUGCUGAGGCCUCGUCCUUGUCAGGCAAGGUUCGGGCCGACCCCCCUGGACAAAUGACUCGUCACGGCCCUUACUCUCUCCCUCCACCAUCGACUGCUUCUGUGGCCUCCUUGAAGGAGAUCUUACUUAGGGGGAAGGCGCUAGCCCUCGAAGGCUUUGAUAAACUUGUCGUCGGGUAUGCCCGGCAGAAAUUCCUGGAGCAGUCGAUAGUUCUCGGAGACAUAUAUUGCAGUAAGAAAUCCCCUCGGCUGCCUGUAUAUGCCUACCAGGCGAAGACUUUAUUUGAUGAAGGGAAGGAGAAGCAUAAAGGAUCAAAGCUCGUCUAUGACGACAGGGUUCAAGAAAUGAUCCUCUGUGUCUUGACUGAGUGGCAGAGCCGGCUCAAGGGCUUCUCUCGUCCGUUUGUCGAACACCUAUUUCAGCUAAUUGACCCAGCUACCAUGAGACUUGGACUGGCGGAAAACCCCCCUAGUCUCCGAUAUGCGCAUAACCCUCCAGAGGAUACGGGAGAAAAAUACGCAAAUCCUCUUGUCAUCCAUAUUUUGGGCUACAUUCUCUUCCAGUCAGAAGAUGAAGAUUCUGUUGGUUUUCGAGCUGCUGCCACGUGUGGGCCCCUCUUGAGAGACGAACUCGUUGCAGCCGCUCUCGCAACGGUUUGGGAAUGCGCGUGCGCGUAUGAGAAGGGGAAGCCCCUGAAGAGGCAAUCGUUCGUUCGAAGAGCAGAAGACCACUUCGCCAUUGUCCUUCAAGAUAUACUCAACACGAAACAACACCCCGUCGAUGGGCCCAAGUUUGAAUCACUCAAGCAGAUGUAUUGGACAGCCCUUUUUGGCCCUGACGACGACGGCAGCGACAACAACAACAGCGGCAACAACAACAGCAGCAGCAGCUCCGCCUGA